UAUAUGGGAUAUAUGGGACAGAACCAGGGGAAGAGGGAGAGAGAGAGCGCGAGAAGCCAAUACGGAUCGUCCGGCACGUGUUCUGGCAGUGGUGUUCUCCCUCCGCCCGUUUCCACUGCAUAUGCCCAGGUAUUAUGUAUGUCCUGUAUCAUCGCCAUCACCGCCCAUAUACGUGUGCAUGCGUUUAUUCAACAUCCCUGGCGUGUCCGGUGUGUGUUUGGUACGUAUGCCGCCCUGUCUUCCCUUCCCUUCUUCCCCUUCUCCCACCACAGUGGUACGCUCUCGAAGGAAAAGCUUGGUAUCAUCAGCGGGGAUGGACCGCAGAGGAGAGGGAUCAUCAACCAUCAUGCCUCCUGUUGGUAUGUACACCUCAUACACGUUCAGUGAUCUUCGUGGUCUGGUACACCUUAUAUCUCUACGUUCAAUCAUCUUCGUGGUCUGGUUCACCUUAUUUCCAUACGUUCAAUCAUCUUCGUGGUCUGGUACACCUUAUUUCCAUACGUUCGAUGAUCUUCACCGUCGUCGAACCCCUCAUCCACUCGUCCUCCACGCACGCUGGGCAUUGUCGAUCAAGCGGAGGACAGUCAGCCGUCGACGUGAAAAGGUGGACGGAUCACCCACGGAACACGUCACCACCACACACAAGAGAGAGGAGACGCCGCACACACACAAGGAGAGUCGGCCAUGCAUAUGUAUGCAGGCUGACGAUAGUGGCACCGACGCCUCAAUGGAUGGGAAAUCCGCAAUCCUGGAAAGAAUCCUAAUGAAAGGAAACACAUUGGUCCCAAUGGCGCCAUGCAGCUCCAUCCAGUCAGUUCGUGCAGGUGGAAAGGAUCAUCCCCAGCAGCUGGAGACGUACAUCAUGAAUCAUGUCGGCUUCUAUUAUUAUCACUACUAUCACUACUAUUAUCAUUAUCAUUGGUGGUGUUGUCGUUGUUGUCGUUGUUCUUUUCUACACACACAUAUGCAGAUUUCUGCCGUGCAUAGGUAUCGUACGCGCGCCAUUUCUUUUGGGAACGUUUCAGGGGAACGUGCUAUACUGUACCUAUGUUUGGGGUUACAUGAUCCACACCGCUGCUCUGCGAUGCACCGACGAUCAUCGUUGGAAGAGAAAUCACCGUCCGGUCGAAUGACGAUGCUGCUCCCAUACCAUAGAGACGGCGGAUGUGAAAACCACCAAAGGAAAAAUGUGGGUUCGCCUCUCGUCAGGGACACGAUGACCCCUGAUACCGGGCGGGCGGUUGUUUGUUUGAUGUACCAACUGCCGGACCGAGGUUGACACGUCUGACUGACCUUCCACCCUAUACUCCUCUGGAGAAGAAUUUCAAGUGUCGAUCUGAGUAGGCGGGAGGACAAAUCGCGCGUUUGGACGGACUGAUGACUGUAACGUCAUCAUCCAGUAUUUCCAAAGCUUCCAAGGUUUCUUCAACGGCUGUCCGCUCUGGAAACAAUACUUGGUGCCUCAGGCCUGUGGUUUUCCGUUCAUCAUCGCCUACCGUAAUCUUAUUAGUCAGCACAGCGUGGUGUCCCUGAGAAUUGGUGGGAGGGACGUCCGUUCAGCCCUGGGCCAGUUCA